AUGGACGAAAUCAUGCUGCCUCCUAGAAUGUUCGCUGCGGGAGAUGAACCGUUAGGUGAGCGAGUCAACUCUUAUCACAAAGUUAAGACAACCAGAGCGAUUCUCGCCGCACUCGAACCUGAGGAGUUGGAGUUUCUUCUAAACUCGACAUUUGGGAGGAUUCUUGCGAUUGAUGACAACCCGCCUUUUUCGGGAGUAAUAUCCCUCAGAGAGUUUGCCAUAGUGACCGGCUGUAACUGUGCGAAGACCCCGUUAAAGAAGACGAAGAAGAAAAAUCCGCUGAAAGAGAAGCUCUACUGGAACGAACUUUUUGGCUCGUUGAAAUACUGCACCGUCGAGACAGCUAUCGACAUGUUGAGGAACAAAGUCUUUAAAACACGAGAGGCUAGGAUAAAAAUCGCGUUUCUUUGUGUAACAUCGUCGAUCCUCUUUGCCUCCUCCCACACACCUCGCAUCAUCCCGGAGCACGUUGAGUUGAUACGAGAUCUGAAUGAGUUCCUCUCAUUCCCCUGGGGCAGAGCAUCGUACCAAACCCUCGCUUCAUCACUUCAUGGCAAAGAUGAAAUAGCUUUAUCUCAGACGUCUGUUGCGAUUCGUGGUUACGUAGAGUCGAUUCAGCUUAUUAUGCUUGCUGUGAUCCCACACCUUAAGGAAAAGAUUACUCAUUCCGAACGUGUUGUUAUAGUUGAAUCUGACAGCGAUGGCGAGUCACAGCCUGGCGGAGAUACGGUUGCUGAGGAUGACAUCGCGGCGGACCAGUGGAAUACACCACCGGCUACCAAGUAUUGCCUCAUUCCCGGUCAUGCUCAGAACAUAGAUUCCGAGUGUCAGGUGCCAGUCAGGUCUAUUCUCGAUGACCCGUACGAAGAAUGGUCUGCUGGCUUUGAUUUCUCAUGGGAUGAUGAGUCUGAGGAUCUUGCUGUUGACAACAUGGUCCGAUUGAUCCUUGAAGGCUUUGUUUUCAGGAAAGAUAUGUUUAAGGGUGGUCUUAACACCAUUGAUCUUCCACGAGUAAGGGGAGAAAAGAAAGUGAAGGAGAGAGAACUGAAAGGCGAGGGAUCCUCUGAUCUACACGAUAUGAUUAGCUCAACGGAGAACCGUAUUUAUCAAGCUUUGGAUGCCAAAUUUGAGAAACUUGCUUCUCCUUCUCAGCAAGUUCCUCUCUUCGAGGACUUCGAUAAGAAGAUCACUGAUUCUAUCGCUCGGCAACUGAAGGAUUUGCAAGAUGCAAUAAUUAAGGGUGUAAUUGAUGCAACAAGCGCUCUCCUCUCCUCUCGCGAAGUCCUUCCUAAUACCAGCAAGGCCAUUCCCGUCAAAGGCAAAGAACCAUCCAGGUUACCUUUUACCACUCCAGCUGAAGCUGCUGAUUCUUCUAUUAACGACGUGCUACGCGAUCUUAACGGUGGGUUGGAGGGUCAUCUUCAUGCAAACACGGAAGCAGGAACGGACUCACUUGAUGAACAAGCACCAAUACUUGAUGAUUCACAGCCCGAGCACCCCGGUGAGGCAGUUGUAGGUGGCUCUACUGUAGAAGAGGAUGAUGUGACAGAACAAGUCGAUAUGGAUGCAGAUGACUCCGCACCUAUGGAUCAGAUAGUAGAAGUUAACACCAACACAGAACAUCCCGAGAAGCGCGUAGAGCCCGGAGAGUCUGUUACAGGAGGACCUCUUGCACAUAUGGAUCAGCUAGUCAACGCUGACACCACACCAGAACAGGGACAGAGAUGGCUUUUGCAAGAGCCAUGGAUGGAAGAGUUCUACACAUAUCCAGAGAAUACAUAG